AUGAAUUUGCCGUAGAGCAAAUCGUUAUGUAAAGUAUCGCAUGUUUUCGCGAUGUUAAAUGUCAAUGUCACAAUUUUAUCUGAAUUAAAUUAAUAUGUUAAUGGAAUUUAAAUUUAUUUGAAGAAUUAACACAAACAUUAUUGACUUUAAAUUUAUUGAAGAUUUCAAUAAUGCCAAGGUUAACAGAAGUCUUGUGUCGGAAAUCUUCCAGAAAUGCCCCUGCUCUCAAAACCACUCUCAACAAUGUAACUACAUACAAACAUAGGAUGAUUAUUCGCGAAACUGUUCUUAGAGACAGGGUUGCUGUCAAAAAUGUCCGCCUAGGAAAUGAUGCGUGUCAGGAUAUACUACAACAGUUGAUGUCAUGUUGGAAAAAAAAUGAAUUCAAGGAGAACACAUGCAUGGAAGAACAUGGCAAAUUUGCAGCAUGCUUAGCAACACAAAAGGCUCAAAUUGAGGCUCGUAUGAAAGUGGCUGAGCAAACAGAACUUGGAGCCGUGGAAGGUGAAGAAAGGCUCAACCCCACCAUAGCCAACAAGCUGCUGAGAAUGUACCCACAACCUCCCUAUGAAAUCACCAUUACACAUUCACAUGGCGCAGAAAUGAAAGAACCUAUUGUAUUCCGAAAGAAGGAAGCAACUGAUGAAGUGAACACUAUGUACAAGAACAUCUGAAUGGACAUCUAAAAUUAAAGAAGGUUUUCAUGCAACAUUUAAUUUACUUGUUUUAGAAAAUAAAUUUCAAUAAAAAUUAAAAUAGAA